AUGUUGGGAACACUGGGGCUUUGGGCCUUGCUUCCUGCAGCUGCACAAGCACCUCCAAACAGGCGGACCUGUGUGUUCUUUGAAGCCCCUGGAGUGCAAGGAAGUGCAAAAAUGCUGGGGGAACUGCUAGAUGAAGGACCAGGGCCCCCCAGGGGUAUCCGCUGCCUCUUUAGCCACUGCUGCUUUGGAAUCUGGAACCUGACCCAAGGCCGGGCACAGGUGGAGAUGCAAGGAUGCCAAGAUAGUGAUGAGGCAGGCUGUGUGUCCUUCCAUUGUGACCCCAGCCCCCGUGCCCAGCCUAGCCCUGGUUCCACUCUCUUCACCUGCUCCUGUGGCACUGACUUCUGCAAUGCCAAUUACAGUCAUCUGCCUCUUCCAGAGAGCCUGGGGGCUGCUGGCCCUGAGGGGCCCCAGGCUGUACCAGGUGAGUCCAUUUGGAUAGCACUGGUGCUGCUGGCGCUGUUCCUCUUGCUGACACUGGGCAGCAUUAUUCUUGUGCUGCUACAGAGAAAGGCCUGCAGAGCGCACGGGAGGCCAGUGCCAGAGCCAGAUUCAGACAGAGACUGGAAUGAGCAGUUGCCAGAGCUGCGGGAGCUGUGCUUUUCCCAGGUAAUCCGGGAAGGAGGUCAUUCAGUGGUGUGGGCUGGGAAGCUCCAAGGUGAACUGGUAGCCAUCAAGGCCUUCCCCCCAAGGGCUAUGGCCCAGUUCCAAGCUGAGAAAACGGUGUAUGAGCUACCAGGUCUCCGACAUGACCACAUUGUGCGCUUCAUCACUGCUGGCCAGGGAGGUCCUGGCUCCCUGUCCUCUGGGCCAUUGCUGGUACUGGAACUGUACCCCAAGGGCUCCUUGUGUCACUACUUGACCCAGCACACAAGUGACUGGGGAAGCUCCCUGCGGAUGGCACGAUCCCUGGCUCAGGGCUUGGCAUUUCUCCAUGAAGAGCGCUGGCAAAAUGGACAGUAUAAACCAGCAAUUGCUCACCGAGAUCUGAGCAGUCAAAAUGUGCUUAUUCGGGAAGAUAAGUCAUGUGUCAUUGGAGAUCUGGGCCUUGCCUUGAUGCUCCCUGGCCUCACUCAGCCUCCUGCCUGGGUCCCUACUCAGCCCCAAGGCCCAGCUGCCAUCAUGGAGGCUGGCACCCAGAGGUACAUGGCACCAGAACUCUUGGACAAGACUCUAGACCUACAGGAUUGGGGCACAGCCCUCCGGCAAGCAGAUGUUUACUCUCUGGCUCUGCUUCUGUGGGAGAUUCUGAGCCGCUGCCCAGAUUUGAGGCCUGACAGCAGACCACCACCCUUCCAACUGGCUUAUGAAGCAGAACUGGGCAGUACCCCUGGAACUUGUGAACUCUGGGCCUUGGCAGUAGAAGAGAGGAGGCGCCCCUACAUUCCACCCACCUGGAACUACUUUGCCACAGACCUGAGUGGUCUGAGGGAGCUUUUGGAAGAUUGUUGGGAUGCAGACCCAGAAGCACGUCUUACUGCUGAGUGUGUACAACAACGUCUGGCAGCCUUGGAUCAUCCUCAGGAGCUCCACUCCUUCCCAGAGGAUUGUCUACACAGCUGCCCAGCUCUCUGUCCAGAAGACUGUUCCUCAUCACCUGCUUCUACCAUUCUCCCCUGUAGGCCUCAGCUGAGUGCCUGCCACUGUGCUGUUCAGCAAGGCCCUAGCUCUAGGAAUCCUCAGCCUGCCAAUUCCAGCUCUCAUGUGUAA